GAAAAAAUUCAUUUUUCUGCAACAAAAUAGAAAUGAUGCAACCACCAGCUCAUCUCAAAUCUCGAAGGCAACAAAAGAUAUGGGAACAGCAACAACGAGAAAACGCAGCGAAACGACAAAAGAAGGAAUCUUACGUUAAUCAGGAUCCUUUUCGAUAUGCCGAGCGACAUUUCAAAUUGCGCAUACCUCCGCCGGACAUGUCCAAAGUCAUUGACUUAUCCAACCUCGAGAAUCUAUCAACCAUCGACAAAGACACUAUUACUGAAGUGACUCUCUCUGCUGAUUUGCGCUCUCUCACUAAGCAGUUCGGUGCUUCGGACGACCAAUGGCAUGCUCGUGCACGGAAAGCAUACAUUUUGAAGACUAUACCAGGAUUGAUUGUUAUUCCAAAUCCUUUUACUCCCAAGGCUCAGCGCUCAUUUGUACGGCACUGCGUGGCAGACUAUGCGUGUCCGCCUAAUACAUCAAGUUUAGCAUCGCAAUACGAUGUGCCCAAGGAUGGUAUCUGGCCGCUUUAUGUAAGAGAGAACGCUGGCGAACUUUCAGCCACAGAUAUCAGCCGUUGGAUCCCGGCCAAAGAGACCAAGGGAUCGGACGAUGAAGGGACACAGUCGAAUACGAAAUCAUUCUCAUCGGCUGCUGAAGUUUUGCGGAAACAGCGCUGGAUCACGCUUGGAUAUCAGUACCACUGGGGAACGAAGGAAUACGAUUUGCAGGAAGAACAUGCCAUUCCACUAGAUCUCUCUGAUUUGACCAAAGCGGUUGUUACAGCAGUAGAAAAUGUUGGUGGUGAUGGUUGGACGAACGCGUAUCAGGGUUGCGAUUUCAAAUCAGAAGCAGGUGUGAUCAAUUACUACCAGUUGCGCGAUACUUUAAUGGCCCACGUCGAUCGCAGUGAGCUGAAUAUGGAUGCACCACUCGUCUCUAUCAGCUUUGGUCAUGCAUGCAUCUACCUCAUCGGCGGUCCGACAAAAGACACAGCACCUGUCCCAUUAUGUUUACGCAGUGGUGAUGUCGUUGUCAUGACAGGCCCAUCGCGAAAAGCUUAUCAUGGUGUUCCGAGGAUUUUGGAAGACACUUUACCAUCUUACUUGUCGCCUGCAGCACUACUUGAUGAUGAUGAAGACAGUGACUGGUCACUGUUUGGACAGUACAUGCUUACUACGCGUAUUAAUCUUAAUGUUCGUCAAGUAUUCCCCAAGGAGCAAGGAUCGGAGACUAAGGACCUAGCCUAAAGCACCGUUUUCCCUUUAAUAGACGCCCUAUCUAGAUGUAAAUAGAAUCCUCCUGUUUUUGUAUCAUAACAGCUGUAAACAUACUUUCGAAACAGUUUUAUGAUUGGACUUGCGACAUAUUCAAGGCAGAAAGUUAUUGAAAAUGGAUUUUACUUCUUCAGAUCUGUCAUUCGUUACUUGAAUAGCGUGGAUCAAACCAUUUCGCC